GCGGCUGACGACGAUGGACGUCGAUGUUGCGGGCGCAGUAUUUUCCCGACAAUUUUCUUAUAACGUGACAGCUGAGAAAUCGCGCGAAGAAUUGGCGAUUUGACGGUGUGUGACGAAUUUGUGUCUUGAUAUACAAUAGGCUCCUUUAUAACACGCAUUAUUCAGAGUUCACUCAAUCAAAAUGGAUAACACAAAAGACGAGAAUUUUUGCAAAAAAAUGGCAAAAGCUACCAGGGAAAUACACUCAAUCAGCGAUGCUCUUGUAAACGCAAAACUGGCAUGUGGACUGUUCAACGAUUCUAUAUGGGCUGAUGGUCUUCUGGUUUUCUACGAGAUCUUUCGUUACCUAGAAGGUGCAAUGAUUAGAUUAAAGAAUACAAAGAUUGGAUUACUUCCUCUCGCCGAGCUUCACCGUACAGAAGCUUUUGAGACAGAUCUCGAUCACUAUUUAGGAAAAGGAUGGAGGAAAAACUAUAGUCCUAGGGAGAGUGUCGUCAAAUAUCUAAUACAUUUGAGAGAAGUGGAAGACACAGAUCCCACUUUACUGAUGGCGUAUAUGUAUCACCUUUACAUGGGUCUCUUCAGCGGUGGUAUUAUUUUGCGCAAAAAACGACAGCUUAUGCAGAAAAUCUCACCUUUUAAAGGAUCAAACAGUGGUAACAACAUCACAGACUUCGGAGAAAGUAGUAUAUAUGAAUUGAAACGCGACUUGCGUGAAUCGAUGAACAGAAUCGCGGAAUCUCUGGACGAAGAUAUGAAAAAUAAACUUAUCGAAGAAAGUAAAAUAGUCUUUAAAUUGAAUAAUGAAAUUAUCAGAAGUGUACAGACGGGUGGCAACGUUCUAGAGAGUGUAUACCAUUUUACUAUUCAGCUGAUCCGAUUUGCAUUGAUCCUUCUUGUAUUGCUUACCAGUUCUUACUUUAUUAUUCAAUAUUUAUUUAUUUAUUUAAUUAAAUUGCUCUCAUUUUAACGUCAAUUCGUUAAAUAAAACUAUAAUGGACUUUUAUUUUUCAUCAAAAA